UAAAUAGAUUAAUUAAGACGUUUGAACGCUGAUCAAAGAGUUAGUGAAACAUUAGCAACCUUCUUAAGAAAACAAGUUGCUCGUUAGUUAAACCAAUAAAGACAAUCCCAAAACAGAAAAUAAAACUACAAAACAUCAACAAAGUAAAAGAGAAACAAACUAAAAGAAACUGAUAAAGAAAGGUAAAAAAAGGAAGUGAGAGAGAAAAAAAACCAAAAUGGUGGCGAGGUUCGCGCAAGGGCCGCCAGGUGGCAGCUCGAGCGACAAAAUGAAGCUCAGUCGAAACAACACUUUGCUCCCGUUUCCGCCGCAUAUCCUCGAGGAAAUGGGUCGAGGAGGAGGUCUCGGAGGUGGAGGAGGAGCAGGAGGAGCAGGAGAAGGUGGAGGACUGCCUAAAAACCCGAGUAAGAUGUCCUUUCUCGAGUAUUACCAGGUGGACCUCGAGGGGAUUCGGAGCGAGUUUCGAAGCAGCGGAUCUUCGGGAUGCGUACGUAUGACUUCUCUCGCCUAGCUGGUGUGGGCUGAAGACACGCCCUUAAGACACGCCCAGUUUUUGCCUCGGGGUCAGUGAUUUGUCAGCGUUAAGCACAAAUUGAUUUCCUUAAUCCGUGAUGUGUGUGGUGUAGUAUGAUGUAGAGUGAUGUAUGAAUAUGUGUGUUUGUUAGU